GAUUGCCGUCCGGAGAGCGGCUGAGUGUUGUGUUGUGUCAGGUCUGGUGCGCGGCGGACUCAUUCGCUCGUCUCUUUCUCUGCACCUAAAAGGAGGCUGACUGACUAGAGGAGGCUGCAGAUCCACGUUUUGGCUGCAGAGCUUCGAUCCUGUUCCAGGGGAUCCUGAUUCAGGAAAGGAGAGCUUCCAGAAGCGCUGCGUAAAGACGCAGAGUUUAGGACGGUACAGCGGAACCAAAUAAGGGACACGCUUUUUUCUCUGUCCCCAGAUCGGAGCGUUUUUAAAGACAGAUUUUGUCAUAUUGUUUUGUCCUGCAAAACAAACCCCCUCGGAAUUCCUCUCCAUGGAUUUGUAAGCAGCCCGACAAGCCGCGGACUUUGCCCCCGGGGAUAAAUACAGCUCCUACCCCCGGUCACCAGCUCCGGAGCAGCUGCUGUUCAUGGUCCUGGAGCUCUUUUCCUCUGUUUUAUACCUACACAUCCUCUUUCAUUUGGAUACACACACCCUACUCACGGACUCGCUUUUUGGAAGGAUACCGCAGAUUUCCAAUGAAGAUUUCAAUAUUCCCAGGAGUCGAACGGGACAAGGAGUGAUUUAUUCCCCCCGCUGGUGCCAGUCAUCUCUGUUGGGACAAGUCAGGAGGAUCCAGAUUUAGAGACUUUCUGUGGCUUCCUGAAGUUCUCGAUGCAAGGGACUGGAGUGUGAGGCCCUUUCCAGGCUUCCAACUUCUGCUUUUGCCUCUCAACCAUAAGACACACACGUUGCAUCUAGAAGAUGGUGUGGGGCUGCAUGUUCUGUGUUCUCCUGCUCUGCUUGGUGGACAGAGUCGCAGUCAGAAGUGUUCCUGAAAUAGGAACCAAAGACUUUCGUGGGUCCAAGCCUCUGAUUGUACCAGGGUAUCCAGAAAACACCACAGGGUUUAUUGGUAGUCAAGUGAAACUGUUGUGCAAAGUCCACUGGCCGGUAUCUACCAAGGUGCAGUGGUUGAAGUCAGAUCCAAGCAGCACAGGACAAACCCAAGGAGGACCAUCUCGCAUCAAGGCCCUGACAUCCCUGAAAAGUAAUGGCUCCAAGGUCAACACCCUCCAUCUGUCCAACAUCACCAUGGAGGAUGCAGGCGAGUACAUCUGCAUGGCUGAGAGUGUCCAUGGGGGACAGACAUUUCAGGCCAUGCAAUCAGCAUGGCUGGAAGUCCUGCCUGGUACCAUCAAUUCCAGAACUGUAGAAAUGACUGCUGCUGAAGUUCGACCAGAGGUUCCUCAAGAUCUCAGUGAAGACACCACAGAGCUUCUUCUGCUGGAGCCAGGAAACAUUCUAAAGUUACGCUGCGACAUGAACACCCGGCCAGGCAUGGCGGUGAACUGGUACAAGGAAAGAGUGCGGCUUCUCCCCACGCCUCGAAUCCAGAUGCGUGGUGCCAUCAUAGAGAUCACAGACGUGACAUAUGAGGAUUCAGGAAUAUAUGUUUGUGUUCUCAGAGGAACCAAAAAUCCUGUGAGGAACUUCACGAUCACUGUGGCAGACAUGUUAGGCUCAGGGGACGAUGAUGAGGACAACGGCUUGGAGGACUCAUCUGUUGAAACUGACCAAGUUUAUUUCUCCAGAGGUCCCUACUGGACCCACACCCAGCGUAUGGAGAAGAAGCUCUACGCUGUUCCAGCAGGAAACACUGUGAAGUUUCGGUGCCCUGCAAUGGGCAGUCCGGUACCAACAAUCCGCUGGCUAAAAAAUGGACGUGAGUUCAGAGGAGAGCACCGCAUCGGUGGAAUUAAGCUAAGACACCAGCACUGGAGCUUGGUGAUGGAAAGCGUUGUGCCCUCAGACAGGGGGAACUACACCUGUGUGGUGGAGAACAAGUAUGGAUCUAUUACUCACAGCUAUGUUCUCGACGUUCUGGAGCGAUCCCCACAUAGGCCUAUCUUGCAAGCUGGUUUACCUGCCAACACCACAGCGGUGGUAGGCAGCGAUGUUCAGUUCCACUGCAAGGUCUACAGUGACGCUCAGCCUCACAUUCAGUGGCUCAAGCACAUUGAAAGAAACGGCAGCCGCUAUGGUCCUGAUGGGACUCCCUACGUUCAGGUCCUCAAGACUGGCAGUUUGAACAUGUCAGAGGUGGAGGUUCUCUACCUGUCCAAAGUUACCAUAGAGGAUGGAGGAGAAUACACCUGCCUGGCUGGUAAUUCAAUUGGCUUUGCCCACCAGUCAGCCUGGCUCACUGUGCUUUCAGAAGAAGAAGCAGCUGAGUCCAUGGAAACUAUGGAGACCAAGUACACUGACAUCAUCAUCUAUGCCUGUGGAUUCGUGGCUCUGAUAAUGGCCAUCAUCAUUGUGGUGUUGUGCCGGAUGCAGGUCCACCCAAGAAGGGAGCCUUUCGACGCCCUUCCAGUUCAGAAGCUCUCCAAGUUCCCUCUUCGCAGACAGUAUUCAGUGGAAUCCAACUCAUCCGGAAAGUCCAGCGCGUCUCUGAUGAGGGUGGCUCGACUCUCGUCCGGCUGUUCCCCCAUGCUGGCUGGUGUUAUGGAGUUUGAGCUGCCCUACGAUCCAGACUGGGAGUUCCCGAGGGAGAACUUGACCCUAGGAAAACCUCUGGGAGAGGGCUGCUUUGGUCAGGUGGUCAGAGCUGAAGCCUGUGGCAUCAACAAAGACUGCCCGGAUCAGGCCACCACUGUUGCGGUCAAGAUGCUCAAAGAUGAUGCCACAGACAAAGACCUUGCAGACCUCAUUUCAGAGAUGGAGCUGAUGAAAGUAAUGGAUAAGCACAAGAACAUCAUCAACCUACUGGGUGUCUGCACACAGGAUGGCCCCUUAUACGUGCUAGUGGAGUACGCCUCCAAAGGCAGUUUGAGGGAGUACCUGCGGGCCAGGCGACCCCCAGGCAUGGAUUACACCUUUGAUGUGACUAAAGUGCCAGAGGAGCAGCUCACCUUCAAAGACCUGCUUUCCUGUGCUUACCAGGUGGCCAGAGGGAUGGAGUACCUGGCCUCUAAAAGGUGCAUCCACAGGGACUUGGCAGCCAGGAACGUUCUAGUGACAGAGGACAACGUGAUGAAGAUCGCCGACUUCGGCCUGGCCAGAGGCGUCCACCAGAUCGACUAUUACAAGAAAACCACCAAUGGACGGCUGCCGGUGAAAUGGAUGGCACCAGAAGCUCUGUUCGACAGAGUUUACACUCACCAAAGUGACGUGUGGUCGUUUGGCGUCCUGAUGUGGGAGAUUUUCACAUUGGGGGGUUCACCGUACCCAGGCAUCCCUGUUGAGGAGCUCUUCAAGCUGCUGAAGGAGGGACACCGCAUGGACAAGCCCUCCAACUGUACACAUGAACUCUACAUGCUGAUGCGUGAAUGCUGGCACGCCAUUCCCACCCAGCGACCAACAUUCAAGCAGCUGGUGGAGGAGCUGGACAAAGCUUUGCUGUCCAUCUCUGACGAGUACUUGGACCUGUCGACGCCAUUCGAGCAGUACUCCCCAUCUUGUGAGGACACUUCCAGCUCCUGCUCCUCUGACAACGACUCUGUUUUUACGCAUGACGCCUUGUCCACCGACCCCUGCCUCCUUGCCUACCAGGAUGUCCGCCUUCGGAUAGACGCCAAAACGGCUCUCAGAUAGACUCCAGAACGCAACGCCCGAGCGGGAGCUUCCUCGGGUUACUAUCUGGUACUAAACUGACAGUCGACAAGCUAAGGGUUUCAUUCUCGUUGGACUUUUUUAUUAAAGCCCUUUAAUAGAAGUAGGCAUUUAUUUACACACACAUGGAGCACUGAGGCCAGGCUUCUUCACAGCCUGGAGGCCAGAGGGGAAACAUUUCAGCCUUCUGAAAAACAAGCAAAACUUUGGACUACCAGCUUGUAAACAGCUGCUAAAGUUGAAAAAAACCAUGGCACUACACUCAACAGAAGAGGCCCUGGAACUCAAAUCUCAUUCAAGUGCUUUUUCUUUGAUUAUCUCGCUUUUGGAAAGAGGUCAGACAAAGAUCUUCUUUCACCAACCCAAACACCAGGGCUUCAAACCUCGGUUGUGAGAACAUUUUAAAGAAAAAAAAAUAUUUUGGUAUGAUAAAAAGUAAAGAAAUUGAUUGUUGAUUUAAAUCUCUCUAUAUAGUAAUAUUUUACGUUUGUAUUGCUUAUUUAAAAAAGAAGAAGUCUUAAAUCUCAGGAUCUCUCACGCUAAGAAGUUGCUGUAGUGGCAGCAAAAGUGCCUGAACUGAUGAUUUCCUGUGAAUAUAUUAGAAUAAUAAAAUAUUUUAUGUACAUAUCAAUGACAGAAAAACAACUGCCUUUCAUAAAUUAUUGUGAAUGACAAAUAAAAUGAAGUUAUUGAAGGUAAAAUGAGAAAAAAUGUUAAUCUCAAAGUGCCAAACCAGCAAACUUAUUGGAAGUCAUUUAGAGGCUGAGAAAAAACAGUUUCUAACAAAAGUUCAAGCUGGAGAUGUUUCGAGAAUUUCACUUGAAAAGUCUUGGAAUGAAACCCUUCAUUUUUAUUUUAUUUUAUUUUACCUCUAGCUCAAAGAAAACGAGUCAAGUUUUUUUGGUCUUUUUUUAAUCUCCUCAGGAUUUGAGAUUCUGUUCAAAGGUCAUAAAGUUGUAGUGAAUAACACACCUGGAGUCUUUAUUUGGCAUUAAUCCAGAUUAGUAGGUCCUGGAGGCUGAAGCUAAUGGAUGAUAUGAGAAAGGUAGUAACAAAAGUGGACUUGCAAUUAGUCAAAACAACUCUAAUCUCAAAAAUGCUGUUUAGGAACCUUUAAACUAAUGUCACAUUAGCAUGUUUUUUAAUAUGUAUAUGUGGAGAAACGGCUGAUGAUUUAAAUGAGGUGGUGUGUCAAAAUUGAUCUUUCUGUGUGAAACAUGUACAGUGGAAGCUAUAAAUACACAUGAAAUUCAUUUAGUUUGCAUCUUAAAAAUUUGUAUGUGGCAACAACUUUCCCUUCUGAAAAAUCAGAAGAAAAAAAGUAUUCCCCCUCCACUUAUACCAUAGCAAAAAACACGUACAGCAUUCAAGCUCAGUAAUUCUCAGCAUAAGAGCCAUCGAUCCCAUAUAAUUUCAUUGUAACAAACGUGGCAUGGUAAAAUAAAACAAUUGUAAGAGCAGACAGAAAAACACAUCUGGAGAUUGUCAUCUUCCACUAUUACUUUAGAGAAAACAUCAUGAGAUACUCUCCAUCAUGAAGCAUUUCGCUCCAGGCCCAUAAGCCAACACAAUGCCUACAAAUUUCCGCAGCACUGGCAUCCCAUACCCACUGUUUGUAGAAGCAUUGGCAGCACUCACUCACUGUCUCCAGGUUUGCAGUUAAAAAGAAAAUCAUCACGAGCAGAAUAACUUUUUUUCAUGGGCAAAGAUGUUUCCACUAUGUCUACUUUGUUGCUGUCUUCAUACCAUGCAAAGGAAGCAAGGGAAAGGCAACACGGCAGAUGCAGCAUGCAGGUAGCAGAGGCACGUGGAGCCUACUGACAGAGUAAAGCUUACUCACCGGCCAUAGUCAUCCUGCACAUUUGUGCCUGGAGGAAAAUGUGUUGAAGCCUUUUAUGCUACAUUCAUAUUUAGGUGUGUUCAUAUUGAGAAGUAUAGAGAACGGAACAUCUAAAGUGUUUCCGGUCAGAGUAACUUUCUAAUAAAAGUGCAAUGCCCAUGUCCAUGUGAAAAGCGAAACUGUUAAAGAUUAAUAAGAUAGUUUCGGCAUAAACCUCUAUGAUGUUUUCGAGAUUUGAGAUGCUUUAAGAUGGUGGACGUCUGGUAGGAAACAAGUUAAAUUUGUAUUCGAAGGUUCCACAUUUGUAUGUGUUUCACACAGGACGAUUAAUGGUGGUGCACUACUUCCACUCUCCAUUCCCCGUGUUAUUGCUCAUUAGCUUCUGUGUUAACUAAAGUCCAUUGUGAAAGGGAGGAUGGUUUGUUGUUGUUUUAAGACAUUCUAAGCUUUUAGCAGAAGCUCAUCUCAGAAAUUGUAAAUUUUCCCUUAAAAGAAAUUUAAUGAGUUUUGGAUAAUUACCAAAGCCACAAACAUAAUUUCUACUUAUAUUUCCAUUUGAACAAAGAUGUAAAGCGUCUGUGUUCUUUGCCCUUGGAUCUCUUGAGGUUCAGGUUGGGACUCAUCCCAAGAAAAGGAGAACAAACAGUUACGUUUAAAGACUGUGAGGAACUGGCCCUAGUCCACUGUCAUUGCUGUUGGAUGAAUUGGGGGGGAUCUGAAUGUGUAAGGCUGUGUGAUUGAUUUCAAAUAGAGGCGAAGGGGGAGGGACCCUCCAUUGUCUGACUGUAACCCUUCACCCAGCUCAAUCUGGUGGAUAGGGAUCCUCAGGUCCACAGGCGGGCCGGACAAUGAGGGCUUUGCGGGCUUAAUGGGUGUGACUACAGACUAGAGGCAGUUCUUUGGUUUGGGGGGCGGGGCGUGUUGGGUUAGUUUGAGCUUGUGUGCAAAUGAAGAGGCUCUUAUUAUGAUAAUGUCUCCUCAAAUGUCCCAAUCCUGAUCCCCAAAGCAUCCUGUUUUUUUAAAUUAAAAAUCUUAAUUCAGAUUGCCAGUUCUGACAUCCAGGAGCAGCUGUAUACAUUUUUCUUCUAUGGGAUAGAAAUUACAGAAUGACUCAGCCUGCCUCCUGAAUCUGACCUCAGAAAAAACAAGCAGAGAUCAAACUGUGGGAUCAGUAAAAUCGCUGAAAUUUUUCUUGUUUUCAAUUUCAUCUUGCAGUAUUUGUAACCGAUCAAAAUUAAAAAUGGAAGGUUUUAUUCCCAAACCAUCCCCACCCUCCACGUGUUUUAGGAUUCAGCUAUUUGUGUUUAUCAGUUGUUUAAUUCUGGUACGUUGUUUCUUAGAAAUGUUUCUUAUAUUAGCAUCUAAAUUCAGCUGCAUUUGUACAUUCCUGUAAUCUCCUGAUACCGACUCAAUUUGUAAACUUGUCCUCAAGCAGAGAAUUAUUUUAGAAAUAUCUAAUUUAUUUGUUUAUUGUUUUGUUUUUAUAUGAAAUAAAGUAUAAUUUAAAAUAAA